CAUUAGGUUACAAAGUGAGACGUCAUGUCGGAGGUUGAAGCGUUGUCUGGCAAAGUCUUCCUACUGGUAACUGGUGCGAGUCGCGGUAUUGGAAGGCAAAUUGCGAUCACUUUCGGUUCGCUACUGGAGGAAGGCUCGCGUGCACUCUUAUUAGCAAGGAAUAAGGAUGCAUUGCAAGAAGUUGCGAGUAAUAUACCUUCCAAAGUUAAAGUUCACACUGUUAGCACGGAUUUAAGUAAAUCAACUGAUGUUAAGUUCAAAGAGUUCAUAUCAGAAGCUUUGAGCGGAACUGCUACCAACGCAUUUGAUCGAGUAGUCCUGGUACACAAUGUGGGUUCAAUGGGUAAUAUCUCUCGAUUUGUCAACACUAUACUGGAUGUGAACACCUGGAGAGAACUUUACGACUUAAACUUUUUCAUACCCGCCGUAUUAAACGCGGUGGUCAUGAAUACAUUUGAUAAAAGUAUCAAGAAGACAGUUAUCAAUAUAACAUCGUUAUACGGUAUUCAAGCAGGCAUUGGCUGUGGCCAAUAUUGCUCGGUGAAAGCAGCACGAGAAAUGUACUUUAAGGUGUUUGCUUUAGAAAAUCCCGACAUUAAUGUGUUAAAUUAUGCACCGGGACCUGUUGACACGGAUAUGUUCAAAUAUGUAUGCGAAUCUAUCGCUGAUCUUGAAGCUAAAAAAAUGUAUAAUGAGAUGCGACAAAACAAAACUAUGUUGACAACAGAGCAAACGGUUAAUCGUCUUGUUCAAGUCUUGAAAGAACGUAAAUACAAUUCGGCUGAUCAUGUUGAUUAUUACGAUAAAUUGUGAGGCAAAAACAAUAAUGUUUGUACAUAGAAAAACAGAGAAAAUAAAGUAUAAAAUUUCUUAGCGAAUAAACUAAGUUUUUUUUAAAUUGAAUAUAAUUAUAAAUAUUAUAAAUAAUUUGUUGUAUAUUUUUGAAGAUGCAAUGUAACAAUUUACGAAAUAAAGUCAUAAUUGGGGAGCACAA